GACGGGCUAACCGCAUCACUCACUUGAUCGCCUAACGCCGAGGCGUACGUACUGAAGUUUUCAUAGCUCUUAUUCUGUAGCGAAAGAAAUACUACAGCUCAUUCCGGUGCGUUGAAAGACCAGGCCAAGGAGAGGUACAGGUUGGCUAAGGUGUCGCGGUGUGCGAAGGAAGGCACCAUCUCAGUAGUACGAGUCUGGUCCUGAAAGCGAAUGAAUCAACACGAACGGAGCAGUCGUUGAUUGGCAGAGAACGUGUGUGGUGUCCUGCUAAUAAAAGCAAUAAGUGCCGCAAUCCCGUACGAGAGUGUGUGAUUCGAAGACAAACGUGAAUCGAGAGGAUCCGAUUAAUGAAUAGAAUCUAACGGUACAUUGAGCCGAUGGGACGAGCAGUUUGUUUGUUCGUUUCAUUGUGGCGGUGUGUGGAUUAGUGUGCGACUAACGAGACGCAGUGAGUUUAGCAGAAAGGAUUACAAGUGAUUUCGGAAUUAGGGAAAAACAACCAGUGACGUGAUUUUACGUUGAAGGAUAGUCCGUUGUAAUUGAAUGCGGUUACGAGUGUGGUUAGAGCACUACAGCAGUAGUUGAGUGUACCACCGGGUCGAAAGCUCAAAAACGAAACCGGAAGUGGGUGAUUUGUUUCUGCGGAUGAUCCUUGUCGGAUCUACAAAAUGACAAUGUCGCAGCUAUUGAAGCAGACGAAAAAAUGUUGCGUGAAGAUGAUCAGAAAACUCUCGUUCCACCCGAACGGUUCCUCUUCGCCACCGUCCAGUGGUGGUGUGGGUGGGAGCACAUCCCUCGGCAGCGGUGGCAUCGGCGGUAGCCGCACCGGAGGUCGUUCGAUUUCGCUAAACAAUCGUGCCACCACCAAGUACGUACUGCACAAAAAUUGUACCCCCACGCGGUGUAAAGUACAGCCGACAUCACCGGACCGGUUUGCUGCUAGGGCAACUUCGGCGGCAAGCUGGACGAGCGGGGGCACGGAUGAAUCACCCGGCGUACGACGCAGGCUGGACCUGUCGCCGAAGCCGGAGGUGGAAAUUCCGCCCACACAAAACAACUACCGGGUCAGUAGGGACGGGAAGAACCUGCCGAAGAAGCGAACCAACAUCUGCAGCAAUAAGAAUGUGAAUCUAAGAAAAUGCUUCCGGCUGAGGAAGGGCUUCAGUGAAGAAUUGGACAGCGAGGAGGUGAACAAUAGUAGUAGCGUAGUGUCAUCUAAGCUAGAUAAAAUCAGCAAAACGUUGUACAACGUGGCCGGAGGCAGCGGGACGGAUCGUCGGAACGGAGAAGUCGUGUACAGUGAGAACAAGCUGUUUGGUGGUGGAGUAAACGCCAAUAAUCUUGCCUCGCAAACGAGUGAAAAAAGUAAAAUAUCCAAACCACUGUUUUUGAGUGGGAAGCACAAAAAGUACAAUCAGAUAGAGACUGAAUUUGGGGCCGACGAUGAAGUCGACUUUGAGGACGGUGAUGACGAUGAGUUUGUGGCAUGUGAACUGGAUGUGAUCCGGGAAGGAAACAAUUCAUACGACGGUGGUCGGUUGCAGUUUGAACUGAGUCAGCCACUUCCGGAGUUGGACGUGUCACCUUUUCCCGAUGGAACCAUCGACAGCUACGACGAUAUUGUGUUUGAAAAAGUGAAAUAUGACCGCAACAAGCGUUACCUGCGAAAUGGAACCACCAGUUCACCAUCAACGGCAAGUAAUCGAUCACAUAAUGCCGAAAGUACCCUAUCGGCCAGUUUCGACGCCAAACCCGAUCAUCAUCUAUCUCAGUUCGCCGAUGUGACGAGCAAAAGUGAAGACUACGUGGACCCGUGGAAAAACUACAACGUCAGCAGCCGUUGGAACAAAGUCGCCAAGAACCCGUGGGAAUUUGAAGCACAAAGAGUCGAAUCUCCUGCCAUGUCUCCGCUCCGGCAAACCUCGUGGAAUCCAUUCACCGAGGUACCUGCCGAGUCCAGCACUCCGCCCCAUCAGUUGAUCGGUAAAACCUACCCUCCACCAUAUCAGGUUCGUACCGACAUCUGGCAGAAUCUAAACAACAAAAACUACGAAAUCGACUCGGAUGUGAUCUGGCGAACGUCGAACUCAUCGCGACGUACCUCUGCCAGCACGGUGGAAACCUGGAUCGAGGACGAGGUGUUUGAUAACUCCUUCAACGAGGAACUCGAACGGCGGUGUGCCACCCUCAAAAUCUAGGGCCCAGAAAUGACUCGGCGGUGCAAUAACUGACUGUUGGAGAAAGCACGACCCGUGACCAGUGAGAGAGCAAUACUUGUGUCUUUUCCGUUCUGUUAGAAAAGAAGACAACGUGUAAGCUGCUUCCCGUGUGCUGCGGGGAUUCUAGUUCGAUAAUAUAUUUUGAAAUUGGAGCAUGUGAUAUUAACAAUUAUUUAUAGAAAAAAAGCAGAAAGUGAACAGAGCAAAUCUAAGUCUAGUUUAGUUUUUUUUACAUCAAAAGAAUUGACUCUUUUUGUUUGCUGUUUUUGUGAUUUUAUUUUCUGUUAAAUGAACCAAUGAUCUCAGCUAGAUUGUGAAUGUAUUGGUAGUUAAUUUAAUUUGGGUACUCAAUUCAUCAUAAAAUGCUUUAAAUAAAUUAAUUAAGUAAAUAAUAAAUUGAGUGGUGGCGAAAAUUGAA